AUUGGUGCGGACGCCGGCCCGCCGCGCCCCUCGACGUCACUCCCGGCGUGCCGCGCGCCGCACUUCCCCUCCGCCCGCUCAUGUUUUGGCCGAUCCAAGAUGGCGGUGCAGGAGUCCGCCGCUCAGCUUUCCAUGACGCUGAAGGUGCAGGAGUACCCGACCCUCAAGGUACCCUACGAGACGCUGAACAAGCGCUUCCGCGCCGCGCAGAAGAACAUCGACCGCGAGACGAGCCACGUCACCAUGGUUGUGGCUGAGCUGGAGAAGACGCUGAGCGGCUGUCCAGCUGUGGACUCUGUGGUCAGCCUCCUGGACGGUGUGGUGGAGAAGCUCAGCGUCCUCAAGAGGAAGGCGGUGGAGUCCAUCCAGGCGGAGGAUGAGAGCGCCAAGCUGUGCAAGCGCCGGAUUGAGCACCUCAAGGAGCACAGCAGUGACCAGCCGGCGGCAGCCAGCGUGUGGAAGAGGAAGCGCAUGGACCGCAUGAUGGUGGAGCACCUGCUGCGCUGCGGCUACUAUAACACGGCCGUGAAGCUGGCACGCCAGAGCGGCAUCGAGGAUUUAGUGAACAUCGAGAUGUUCCUGACUGCCAAAGAGGUGGAGGAGUCCCUGGAGAGGCGCGAGACUGCCACCUGCCUGGCCUGGUGCCAUGACAACAAGUCCAGGCUUCGCAAGAUGAAGGGCCGCCAAAGCGAGCACGACGCGAAGACGGGACGGAAAAGUAGAGUGGCCAGUGGCUCCCCUAAAGAGAGUGAGGAUCUUGGUAUGGAAACCAUAAAAGGAAAGCCAGAAUUGAGCUGCCUGGAGUUUAGCCUGAGGAUCCAGGAGUUCAUUGAGCUCAUCCGGCAGAACAAGAGGCUGGAUGCAGUGAGACACGCGAGGAAGCACUUCAGCCAGGCUGAGGGGAGCCAGCUGGACGAGGUCCGCCAGGUCAUGGGCAUGCUGGCCUUCCCGCCGGACACGCACAUCUCCCCCUACAAGGGAAGAGACUUCGAGCUUGUUUCCUGUUAUCACGACUCUGCCCCGCUUCUUCCAGGACCUGCUGGACCCGGCGCGGUGGCGGAUGCUGAUCCAGCAGUUCCGGUACGACAACUACCGGCUGCACCAGCUGGGAAACAACUCUGUGUUCACCCUCACCCUGCAGGCCGGCCUCUCGGCCAUAAAGACACCGCAGUGCUACAAGGAGGACGGCAGCUCGCGGAGCCCCGACUGCCCGGUAUGCAGCCGCUCGCUGAACAAGCUGGCGCAGCCCCUACCCAUGGCGCACUGCGCCAACUCGCGCCUCGUCUGCAAGAUCUCGGGAGAUGUCAUGAACGAGAACAACCCGCCCAUGAUGCUGCCCAACGGCUACGUCUACGGCUACAACUCCCUGCUCUCUAUCCGGCAGGAUGAUAAGGUCGUCUGCCCGAGAACCAAAGAGGUCUUCCACUUCUCCCAGGCUGAGAAGGUGUACAUCAUGUAGGCGGUCGCCACGCCGAGCGGCCUCAGGCCCCUGCCUACCUGCCUUUCUGUUUCUGCGACCAAAGAUCAGUGAGCAACGACAACACUCCUGGGAAGAGAGGAGGAAAGAUUUAACAAGUGUGCACUCGACUUUGAAAUAUGUCAGCUGUUGACGCUUCUGAAGUGCUUUCACCUUUCAGAGAAACUUCUUUACAGACUGGCCAUGCGGAGGGAGGCUGGAACCUUUCACCACAGGAACUGAUCCCUUCCCUGUGUUCUCACAGUCCCUUCCCUUCCGCUAACAAGGAACCCCCCGGGGCGGACUGGUCCUCGGCCAUGGCCCGGGAGCAGUGGUGGCCACGCCAGACCGACCUGUGGUGAGUUGGUGCCACGAGGGACCCUGUCACUUCUCUGCCAAAACUCGGGCACCACGGCUGCGGGUGGCGCUGGCCUCCAGGACCGCCGCCUGCCCGGGGCCGCGCCCGAGGGGCCGCGUUCAGCCGUGUGGGUUCAGGGUCACGUCCCUCGCGCCGCCUCAUCUCCUGCCUGAGAAUGUAUCUCGUGGAAACCCACUGGACCGGUGUCUGCAGAGGCCUUGCCGACGGCUCAGUGACUCUAGCUCUAAACACUAUUCAUUACAGAAGCCAGUAGUUCAGUUGAAGUAACCACCAGUGACUUUUCAAAUCAGACGAACUGUUGUAGUUUACACGAAACCGUAUGGUAGAGGUUUGUACUCAGCGCUUAUUUUUGCAUGUUGAUGUUGAUUAGCUAAUAAACUGUAGAAGUCAGA